AGAGGUGAUCUUAGCAGUUCUAUGACAAAGGAAGUUCGCCUGAGAAAUCCCCAAAGCAGCACGUGGCUCUGAAUUUCCAGGAGUGCCGUGAAUUAUGGGGAAUCUUUGAGGUGGGCUGCACGUGCUCUCAGUUGCAGUCUCUUGUGCACUUUGAAACUCAAAAGUCACAGAACGAGAAGGGUUGUUCAUCAAAGACGUGUAAGAAAGACAUGACCGAGUCUGGUGGUUUGACUCGGUUUCCCAGGCUUCUUUGCGAUGACUAUUAACUUGUAUUUUCGGAUUCCGUAGUUGAAUCGUGGGCGGAGCCACCAGGAGUGCCGGGAAAACGAGGACCGAAUAGCAUGGCGGCGUUGUUGGUGUUCUCAUCCCCUUUGCCCAUACUCCGUCGUUUUCUCCGAAGCUGCUGGGGGCAGCUUGGCGGCCACACACCACCAUGGGCUCCUGCUUUGGCAGUACAAGCUCCAGCUUCUUUACUCAAUCCUGUGGAAGAGGAAACUGAAUAUUAUGAAAAUCCAAGCUUUUUAGACAGCAUGUUUUGGAUGCCAGCUCCAAAGUCAAGGCGAACAAUUGAAGUGAAUCGCUGCAGGCGAAGGAAUUUUAACCACCUUAUAAAGAUAAAGAAAAACGUUGAUAUCUGUCCUGAAUGUGGCAACUUGAAAGAGAAGCAUGUUCUUUGUGGCUAUUGCUAUGAAAAAGUUAAACAGGAAACUUAUGCCAUAAGAAAGCAAAUAGGAGUACUGGAAGAUGGACCACAUAAGGCCCCCACUGUAGAAAGUGUUGUGCUUUAUGCAGGAGAAACACCCAAAGCUGAAGAUGAAGGCAAACGAAUUAUAGAAAGAAAUAGGAAACGUCCAUCUUGGUUCACAUUGGAUUAAACAAGCAGCACAGUGGAAUGGUUGAUUCCCAUAUACACAAGGCCGCAACUAGGUUCUGUGUCACCCGGGGCAAACAUGGAUUCCAUGCCCAUUUUGGCGCCCCCCAGCGCUUAUUUUGGCACCCCAUCAGCAUGGCACCCGGGGCACAUGCCCCGGUUGCCCCCCCCCCCAGUUGCAGCCCUGCGUAUACAAAUCCUAGUACAGAUAAUACACAUCCUGAAGAACAAUACAUUUAUAUUGCAGUUGUUUUAGUAUGCUAUUUGCAGCACAGUAUAUUGUUAUACUUUGUAAAGAGUUCUGAUUUUUUUGUUUUUUAACAUUCAGCCAGGAAUUAAUUCUGUGUUUGGAAUUUAUAUGGGUGGGGAACUUGGCUACUGUGAACUUAGUGAUAACAUAAUCUUAUGGUAGGCUAAGCAAGUCAUUAUUUGCAGAAGUGGGAUAUAACUACGUACAAAGGUAUUUCAUGUUCUCUCAACAUGCAUUUAAAAUACGUUUGCAAUUAAAAUAAAGCAUAUUCAGUUUC